AUGGAUAAUGAAAAAAUAUAUCAGUCGUAUAUUGAUAUCGAUUCUAAUAAUGACAUUGUUAUUUCGGGUAUCGCUGGCAGAUUUCCAAGUUCGGAUAAUAUGAAGCAGUUACAAGAAAAUCUAUUUAAAAAAAUUAAUCUCGUUAAAGAAGAUCAUAUUCGAUGGAAUAUAGAACAUCCGGAUAUACCAACUCAUAUGGGUACAAUUAAUAAUAUUGAUAAGUUUGACACAGAAUUUUUUGAUGUACCUUUCAAGCAAGCGCAUUCUCUUGAUCCUAUGACGAGAAUGUUACUAGAACACACAUACGAAGCAAUUAUCGAUGCAGGGAUCAAUCCAAAACAAUUACGAGGGAGAAAUACUGCAAUAGUCAUAGGAACGUCUUACCUUGAAUCACAAGAGAAAUUUUUGUACGAAAAUUUGCAGAUAAACGACAGGAAUAUUAUUGGAUGUAGUAAAUCUAUAAUGGCAAAUAUUCUUUCAUACGUUUUGAAUUUAAAAGGAUCAUCAUGUACUGUGGAUACUGCCUGUAGCUCUAGUCUACACGCCAUUGCUGUUGCAUAUGAUUGUAUUAUGUCAGGCCGAUCCGAGGACGCGAUAGUUGGUGCCACAAAUCUUUGUUUGCAUCCUACAAUAAAUCUGCAAUACUCUCGUCUUGGUACUUUAUCAUCUGAUAGUUGCUGUAGACCUUUUGAUAAUACCGCAAACGGUUAUACGCGCAGUGAAGCUGCGACGGUAUUGUACCUUCAAAAAGCAAAAAACGCGAAAAGAGUUUACGCUAUAUGUAAACAUAUUAAACUAAAUAAUGACGGUUACAAAGAAGAAGGAAUAACAUAUCCAUCGACACACAUGCAAAGCGCUUUAUUAACAGAGUUUUACAAUGAAUGCGGAGUAUCUCCAACUUGCUUAGAUUACGUUGAGGCACAUGGAACCGGCACUAAAGUUGGCGAUCCUCAGGAAAUCAAUGCUAUCCAUAAAGUUUUGUGCAAAAAUAGAAAAACCCCAUUGAUGGUGGGCUCUAUAAAAUCCAACCUUGGUCACGCUGAACCUGCCAGCGGAAUCACACAAAUCGCUAAAGCGAUAAUAGCAUUUGAAACCGGUCUUGUACCACCAAACAUUAAUUUUACAUCAUCGCGGAACGAUAUAGACGCCUUAGCGGACGGAACUAUACGUGUCGUCACAGAAGCAUUACCGCUUAAAAAUGGUUAUAUUGCUAUGAAUUCCUUCGGAUUCGGUGGAUCCAAUGCUCACCUGUUAUUGAAGUGGAAUCCUAAAAAGAAAAUUUAUAAUGGAAUUGCUAAUCAUCCCACAGAUGUAGAAUAUAUCCGUUUACUCCACGACAUUCACACAGACGACAUAGAUGGUCAUUCAUGGAGAGGAUACAUUAUACUGGAUUCUUGGCAAAAAAAUUCCAUCAAAAAAAUUCAAAACUGUAAAAACAUAAAAAGACCUAUUUGCUUUAUAUUCUCUGCCAUAGAAACGCAAUGGCAAGAAAUAGGUAAAAAGCUAUUAAAAUUUCAUGCAUUUGCGAAAGCUGUAAAAAUGUGUGAUGCUGUUUUGAAACCGUAUGACAUAAGUAUUACAAAUAUUUUGACGAAGAUGGAUGCAACAUUAAGCAAAAGUGCUUUACAUACAUUUGUUGGCAUCAUUGCUAUUCAGAUUGCCUUGGUAGAUUUCUUAACAUCUAUAGAGAUUAUUCCGGAUUACAUAAUUGGUCAUUUUGCUGGUGAACUUGGUUGUGCUUAUGCAGACGGGUGUCUGACUAUGGAACAAACUAUUCUGUCAGCAUACUUUAUUGGUUUAGCAUGUGUGAAAGAGAAACUAGUUCAUAGCUCUACCGCAGUUGUCAAUUUUGAUUACAAAUCUCUUAAAGAUAUAUGUCCAGCAGAUAUCAAAAUAAUAUGCAGAAACAACCAGAACAGCAAUAUUGUAACUGGCCCCGCUAAAUCCAUGCAAGAAUUUUUGCGAAAAUUGCAGAACAACAACAUUGACGUGAAAGCAAUCUCCCGCUACAACAUGCCGUAUCACAGUCGUUACCUCGCUUCUCUGAAAUCGCAGUUUUUUACAAGUUUGAGCGAAAUAAUUUCACAGCCGAAAGAAAGGAGUCCCAAAUGGAUCAGUACCUCCGUACCUCGCAAUAAAUGGUCCAAUCCAGCAUCAAAAUUAUGCUCAGCAAGCUACCAUACGCGUAGUAUAUUAAAUACCAUUCUUUUUGAACAAGCAACGCAUAUGAUCCCAGAUAACGCUGUAAUUAUUGAAAUUGCACCAGUUAGCAUUUUACAGGACAUUUUGAAAGAAUCGGUACAUUCAAAAGUGACGAACAUUGCACUGACUAAGCGAAAUGAACCAAAUGCUAUCGAUUUAGUAUUGCAAGGGAUUGGAAAACUCUACAACUGUGGUCUCCAGCCACGGAUCGCUAAUUUGUAUCCACCGGUGAAUUUUCCAGUUAGCCGAGGUACUCCUAUGAUCUCUCCAUCUAUAAGAUGGAAUCAUUCUGAAGAUUGGUUUGUACAAAAAUAUGAAACGCAAAAGAAAAUCAAAUCCAGAAAAAGACAAGUAGAAAUUAUGACGGGUGACGAAGAUUAUAGCUAUUUAACCGGUCACGUCAUUGACGGAAGAAAUAUGCUACCAGCAACAAGUUAUCUUGUGCUUGUUUGGGAAACUAUUGGUAUGAUGAAAGGAGAAAUAUACACAAAAAUACCUGUAGUAUUUCGGGAUAUAAGAUUUAUUCGUGCUACUCAUUUUUCGAAGGACAGCAACAUAAAAUUGACGAUUACGAUACAGAAAGAGAGCGGCAAAUUUGAAGUGACUGAAGGAGACAGCAUUGUUGUGACAGGUGUUGUACACACUACAUCAAAUGCUGAAGAAGAAAUGGUGCCGAAUGAUCUGUUAUCGGUGGAUAUUGACGAGAAAGAACAUAUGAGUUCUCGAGACAUCUACAAGGAAUUAAAGUUACGCGGUUACCAAUACAGCGGCAGGUUUUGCGGCUUGAACAGCGCAUCAAUCUCAGGCAGCAAGGGACAUAUCGCUUGGAUAGGUAAUUUUGUGACAUUUAUGGACACUAUGCUGCAGAUGCACAUAAUUGGAAAAGAUACCAGAGAUUUGUAUGUUCCAACAAGUAUUCAAAAAUUGAUAAUUAACCCCGCACUUCACAAGUUGAAGUCACGGAACAUGAUGUCAGAAAAAAAUAAACAAUUACCAGUUCGUAUAUAUAAACAGAUGAACAUAAUUAUAUCAGGCGGAAUAGAGAUACGCGGGUUUGAGACUACUUCGAUCUUUCGUCGAAAACCAGUAAGAGAUCCCGUCAUCGAGGAGUACAAAUUUGUAGCUCAUCAAGAUUGUGCAAUAAUUUCAUUAAAUGAAGCAAUCCGCAUAUCAACGCAACUCGCGCUGGAUGAUCAUCGGAGCAUUAAAGUAACAUCCAUUGAGUUAGUGGAAGAUGAGGAUAAUGUAAUAUUAGAAGAUUUAUCAUCGGCGUUACUGAUUAAGGCUCUUAAUGAUAUUCCAUUAAUACAACCAAAUGUUACUUUAAUAACAUCGCCGAAUCGUUUCAAUCCAGAGGAACUUUUUUCAAACGUUUUGGUCGCAGAUUUAAACAAACCAUUUGUAGGCGACAAAGCUUUGAUAGCUACAGGAUUUAAUCUUUUGACGAAACAUCAGAAAUCAUUGGAAAAACUUUUACCGCUUUUGAGAGAUGGCGGUUAUCUCUUAACACGCGAGAAAUGCAAUCUAAAUAAGUAUGACAAAUAUUUGAGUAAAUACGCAUUAAGUGUCAUUCUGGAAAAGCAUACGGAUAAAGAAAUAAUUAUCCUUCUAAAGAAAAAAGUUCCGAUAAAGAAAACAACUGUUGUUUAUAUAAAUAAUAAUAACUUUAAUUGGCUUGAAGAUUUGAAGGCGCUUGUAAACGACGAGAAUAAACAUAAUGAAGAUAAUAGAAUUGUAAUUGUUGGAGAGGGAGACUUGGAAAAUGGUUUGUUAGGCUUUAUCAACUGCUUGAGGAAAGAACCUAGUGGCAAGCUUGUUAGAGGAGUGCUUAUUCAAGACGAGAAAGCACCUAAGUUUUCUCUACAAGAUUCUUUUUAUAUACAGCAGUUGCAGAAAGACAUGAUUAUUAACGUUUUGCGACCUAACAAAACUUGGGGAUCUUACCGAUAUUUACGAUUAUUGCAUCCAAAAGUCGAACCCGUAACUGCCGCCUAUGCAUGCCAAACGGUUCGUGGCGAUUUAAGUACACUUUGUUGGGUGGAAAACAAUAUAUCUAUCGAUUCCCAUCGUGAAGAUAUAGUACGUGUGGUCUAUUCAUCCCUCAAUUUCAAGGAUGUAAUGUUAGCCACUGGCAAGUUGACGUCGGAUGUCGAAACGUCAGGACGACUUCAAAGCAUGAAUCUUGGAUUUGAAUAUGUAGGAUUUGAUGUCAAUGGACAACGAGUAAUGGGACUUUGUGACAAUAAAUGUAUAGCAAAUGUCAUUAUAAAAGAUAAAGAUUUUUGCUGGAACAUACCUGAUACAUGGACCUUUGAAGAAGCUGCUACAGUACCGUGUGUUUACAGCACGAACUAUUAUGCUCUAUAUCAUUUCGGAAAAAUGAAGAAGGGUGAUAAAGUACUUAUCCACUCUGGUACUGGCGGCAUUGGACAAUCAGCCAUUCAUCUCGCUCUUCAGGAAGGAUGUCAAGUGUUUACUACCGUAAGCACUGCAGAAAAACGUAAAAUCAUCAGGGAACUAUUUCCGGCUAUUCCCGAUGAGCAUAUUGGAAAUUCGCGAGACACCAGUUUCGAACAAAUGAUAAUGAGACAAACAAACGGUCGCGGCGUUGAUAUUGUAUUAAACUCAUUGGCAGAAGAAAAACUUUUAGCAUCUGUUCGUUGUUUGGCGAGAAGGGGUCGUUUUCUAGAGAUUGGAAAGUUUGAUAUUUUAUCCGACAAUUCUCUAAACAUGUCUUUAUUUCAAAAAAAUAUUAGUUUUUAUCCCGUUCUGUUGGAUGCAAUGUUUACCAGUAAUCAUAAAAAUAAAUCUCGGCUAUCUAUAUUAAUGGCUAAAGGUUUAAAAAAUAGAAAUAUUAAACCUAUUCAGACGACAGUNAAUAUACAAGAGGAUGGCAAAUCUUUGGAUUCACCUAUUGUUGCACACCGUCGUUAUUACUGCCUCAACGAUAGAACUUAUGUUAUACUAGGCGGCUUGGGUGGAUUUGGUUUAGAGUUAACUGACUGGCUGAUACUUAGAGGCGCUAAGAAUGUCGUUCUAACUUCAAGAUUUGGAAUAAAAAAUGGCUAUCAGCAAAUGAGAAUUGAGUUAUGGAAAUCAUACGGUGUAAAUGUGCAAAUAAUUAAAAACGCAAACCUUGCGAAUCCCGAAGAAUGUGAAUAUUUUCUACAAAUGGCGGAGAAACAAGCACCAGUAGAUGCGAUAUUUAAUCUUGCUGCGAUUUUAAAAGAUUGUGUACUUAGGAACCAAACCGUGGAAACUUUCACGGAAUCUUUCAUGUCGAAGGCUUGGACGACACAGACAUUAGAUAAACUAUCUAGAAAGAUCUGUUUAAAACUUCGACAUUUUGUAGUAUUUUCUUCCGUUUUUUGCGGAAGAGGAAACGCUGGGCAAACUAAUUAUGGAAUGGCCAAUUCCAUCAUGGAAAGAGUGUGCGAAAAAAGAGCGGAUAAAGGACUACCCGGAUUGGCAAUUCAAUGGGGAGCUGUGGGUGACGUAGGUCUCGUCGCUGACAUGCAGGAAGACAAUAAAGAGUCAGUUGUCGGUGGCACCCAGCAGCAGAAAGUAUCUUCCUGCUUUGUAGAACUCGAAAAAUUUUUACUCCAAAACCGACCGAUUGUAAGCAGUAUAAUUGUUUCUGAAAAAAAAACGGGACUAUCCGGACUUGUCAAUAUGGUGGAUACUGUCGCUAAUAUUAUGGAUAUAAAAGACGUAAAAGUAAUAAGUCAAAAUAGAUCUUUAUCCGAUCUUGGAAUGGAUUCCAUGAUGGCUGUGGAAAUUAAACAAAGCUUGGAAAGAAAAUUCAACAUCUUGCUUACUGUGCAAGAAAUACGAAAUUUAACGUUUUCAAAAUUGAGAGAGAUGUCUGAUGCAAACGUGAAUUUGCAUAAUGAUGUGUGAAAUGAGAA